CUCCAGCACCUCAUCCAGGCUGCUCCAGGCCUUCCCGGGGGUCACGUUGACUUCAUUGAGAAGGUCGAUUCCUUCACUUACUCGGAUUUUUCCGGGAUUAUUGAUUCCCAACCAUCCUUAUUUUCUAGCCAAGUUCACGAGGAUUGGGGCAGCAGGAGGAACUGGGUCACCCGGGAUGGGAAGCACUUUGAGCAUCUACUGCAGAAGUUUGGCGAAGCCGUGGUGCCCGUGGCCAACUGUGACGUGAAGGAAUACAAUUCCAACCCCAAGGAGCAGCUGCCCUUCAAGGAAUACGUGGAAUACUGGCAGGAAUACAUCCGGAACGGCUACCGCUCCUCCCGGGGCUGCCUCUACCUCAAGGACUGGCACCUCAGCAGGGCUUUCCCAGAGCAGGAUGUUUACACGACUCCCGUGUACUUCUCCUCCGACUGGCUCAACGAAUACUGGGAUGCUGUGGCUGUGGAUGACUAUAGAUUUGUCUACAUGGGACCCAAGGGCUCAUGGACACCAUUCCAUGCUGACGUGUUCCGCUCCUACAGCUGGUCAGCAAACAUCUGUGGCAGGAAGAAGUGGCUGCUGUAUCCAGCAGGACAGGAGGAAUUCCUGAAGGACAGACAUGGGAAUCUACCCUUUGAUGUGACUGCCCCCAGCCUGCAGGACAGGAGGGUGUACCCUCGCUACAGCCAAAGCCAACCCCUGGAGAUCGUUCAGGAAGCAGGAGAGAUUGUCUUCAUUCCCAGUGGAUGGCACCACCAGGUUUACAACCUGGAGGACACCAUCUCCAUCAACCACAACUGGGUGAACGGCUGCAACGUGGCCAUCAUGUGGUGCUUCCUGCAGGAUGAAUUGGCAGCUGUCCAGAGGGAGAUCAACCAGUGGAAGGAUCCUAUGGAUGAUUGGCACCUCCAGUGCCAGUUGAUCAUGAAGUCCUGCACGGGCAUCGACUACAAGGAGUUCUACAACUUCCUCAAAGUCAUUGCAGAGAACAGGAUUUCCGUCUUGGAAAAGGGCCUGGAUGACGAGGCUUUGGCCAAGAACACUUCCAAAGCUGCCAUUUCCACCUUGGGAAUGCUCCACGCCGUGUUCGACCUCAAGAGGACGGUGAAGGUCUUGACGUCCCUGAGCGCCAACGAGGAUUUCAAGAAGCUGGAUCUGACCUCCCUCCCCCCUCCUGAGGCUUUGCUGCACCACCUCAAAGCUGCCAUAGAUACAGCCCUGCUCUGACUUCCCAUUCCCUCGGUUCUUUGGGAAAAAACCAACCUUUCCCAAAGGCUUCGGAGAAGGUUCCUCCUCCCCGGUCGCCGGCUGAAGUACGAAGAGCUUCGCUACGUUCAGCAGGACAUUCAGCUGGGAGUCACUGGAUGGAGGAGGGGAAAAAACGAUCCCAGAUAAAGGAAAAUCCCCCAAAUCUUGGCAGGAUUUUCCUCCCAGUCAGGGAAGGGGGACAGAAGUUCCCUAUGGAUAACCAAAUUCCCUGUGCUUCCAAGAGCAAAGCUGCACUCAAGCCUUGCUCUGUCUCCUCGCAGCUCCAUGAUUUGAAGACUUCCAGGUGCAGCUCAGCUUAUCUUUUCCUACUUUUUUUAAGGGAAUUUAAGCUAGUUUGCUUCCUUGGAAGCCUGGAAGUGCUGGCUCUACUUGUGUCCUCCAAAGCUGGAAUUCUCAGGUGGAAUCAGCCCUCCAGCGGCUCGGAUUAAAUUUAACAUCCUAAUUAAGACACUGGAGCCCUGAUUGCAAUUAGAGCACUAUUAAUUAAGCAUGUGACCCCCCCACACCACCCCUUUUCCCUCAAGCUGAAAAGGAGGAAUUGGAAUGCACUCCCACAUUCCCACACACAAUUCCAAGGCACAGCAGGGAUUUCUUUGAUCAGGGAAGUCAGCCAGGAGCCUCCUCUCAGCUGCUCCAGUGUGUGGGCACACACCACCCCCUUUGCAUGGUUCCAACAGCACAAUUCCCAACUGGAAUGCCCAAAUAUCCUGGGAAAACCUCCCUCUUGCUCUUCCAGAGAAGCACAAAUGGCUGCACACUGUUACCUUAGUUACUUUAGGGCUCACUUGAAUUCUUGCUCAAGAACUUCCUCAGUUUUUCUUCCCCCCCCAAGGAAAAGCAGCUACAAACUGUAUUUUAGGAAGUGCAACAGCAGAAACCCGGAGUAGGCUGAGAAUUCCCUUGUUUUCUAGAUAAUUCCAAGGGUUUGUACUCGCAUGCACUUUUUGCAUGUCCUUUUCUAGGAGAAAAA